AUGGGCACUCUCUUGGGACACCUGGCUCUGGCGCUGCUCAUCUAUCACAGUGGGCUCUACUAUACAGUGAUGGUGUCCCAGGCCCUCUCGCGGAGCCAGAAGCUCCUCUUCCCCCCACUCCCUGCAAGGGACAAGCAAGGCCAGAGGUGGUGGCAGCGGGUACGUGCAGAGGGAAUGGUGAAGAUGGGCGCUGGCGAGAUACUGAUAUUGGGAGACUCCUUCUUCCCACCUGGAACCAACUGUUUUCCCCUGAUAGACUGGGAGGCUCCUUGGCGGCCUUUCCAGCAUCACAAUGCGUGGCAGCAUGCCACCAUCUUUGGGUUCUUCCUGCUCAGCGCCCUGGUGGAGCUCACGAGCCAGGCGUGGCUGGCUCAGCGGAGCAUGAAGCUGGAGUGGGCGGCCACAGCCUUGGCCCUGGUUGUGAAGCUGCUGGAAAUGGUGGCCCACAUCGAGCACAAGAACGCCCUGGAGAUCCGAGUGCACACCGUGCUGAUGCUGCCUGCCUUCCUGCUGGCCCUGGUGCUCAUCGUCGAGGUCUGGGUCCCUGACCAGCCCCCACUCUGGGUGCUCAAGGCCUGGCUGAUGCUGGUGUCUGGCUCCUGGCUGCUGCAGGUGACCUCGAUACUGUAUGCCCCACUUUCUGGGCAGCCCUAG